UUGGUCAGAAGAUAGAAGAUAGAAGAGCACCAACCAACAAUCGGAGGUGACCAAUCGGACCAAUCGGAACCAACAAUCAAGAACAUUUACAGCAUUAAGACAAUGGCAGACCAACCUACAUCAACUCAAGUCUACAAGGUCUUUAAUGACUCUGUUCAUGGCCACAUUGAGAUGCACCCUCUGCUGGUGAAGAUAAUAGACACUCCUGAGUUUCAGCGCUUGAGGAACAUCAAACAACUUGGAGGAGUCUAUUAUGUCUAUCCUGGAGCGUCUCACAAUCGCUUUGAGCAUUCCUUAGGUGUGGCUCAUCUGGCAGGGAAGCUUUUACAGAGUCUGAAAAAGAAUCUGCCAGAGGGAUUAGAGAUAACACCCAAUGAUGAACUCUGUGUUCAGAUUGCUGCACUGUGUCAUGACCUGGGACACGGGCCGUUCUCUCAUGCAUUCGACAUAUUCAUGAAGGAAUUUGACUCAAGUUGGAAGGUAUGGUGUUAAAUUUUAUAUCACAUUUUAAAAAUAUUAAACAUCACUAAAAUUCUAGUACUUAGAUUACAAUUUAUUUUCUUCUUGUAUAGUCUAUAAUGGGCCACGGACAUUGUGUGUUAUUCUGAGUUCUGUGAUAAAUAAAUAUGUUCAGAACCCUAUACGUUCUGUUCUGUGUACAUUUUACUCCUGAACACUGGAUCAUCUGAAUUAUGAGCAGGGUUCGAACGGUCAUGAAAAACCUGGAAAAGUCAUGGAAUUUGAAA